CGAGACGCACAGCCCCGCCUCCGAGCGCGCGUGCGCACUGCCCCCUGGGAGGCGCGAGCGCAGUUGAUCUUAGCCAUGGAAACGGGAGCGGUCCUGGAGGCCUCUGGUCAGCUGCUGGUGGGGCCGCAUCCAUCCUCGGGCAGGAGUUCCCAACCGACUUCAGCAGGGGAGAUGUGGUCCCAGGACGCCCUCGCGUCGCCUCUCCCCUGCGGUGACUCCAGAUAUUUCUGGUUAUGAAAAAGAUGUGACUCUCAGACUUAUCCUGAAUGGGAAGUAUGAGUCCAGAUGUCCCUCUGCUAAACGAUUACAAACAGGACUUCCUGCUGAAGCGCUUUCCACAGACUGUUCUUGGAGGCCCUCGACUCAAACUAGGCUACUGUGCCCCUCCUUACAUAUAUGUUAAUCAGAUUGUCCUUUUCCUGAUGCCAUGGGCCUUAGGUGGAACAGGAACACUUCUAUACCAACUGGAUAUCCUGAGAGACUACGUUGCAGCAGCGCUUUCGGGAGGACUAAUGGUGUUCACCGCGGCUGUCAUCCAGCUCAUAAGCGUGUAUGCCAGGAGCAAGUCGGUGGUGGUCAGGAGGAUGAGAACCAGGGAUAUCUUAGCAGAGGAAGACCAGCACGAAUUUACAAGUUGUGCUGGUGCUGAGACCGUCAAAUUUCUGAUUCCUGGCAAAAAAUAUGUAGCCAAUACAGUUUUUCAUUCUGUUCUUGCUGGGCUAGUGUGUGGUCUUGGAACAUGGUAUUUGCUCCCAAACCGAGUAACCUUGCUGUAUGGCAGCCCUGGGGCGACUGCUGUGCUCUUUGUGUUUGGGUGGAUAACACUUUGCAUAGGAGAAUACUCACUCAUUGUAAACACCGCCACAGAGACCGCAACAUUCCAGACCCAGGAUACUUACGAAAUCACUCCUCUCAUGAGACCACUUUAUAUUUUUUUCUUUGUUUCUGUGGACCUUGCACACAGGUUUAUUGUAAAUAUUCCAGCUCUAGAGCAACUGAAUCAGAUUUUGCACAUCUUGUUUGUGUUAUUGCCCUUUCUGUGGGCACUUGGGACUCUGCCCCCACCUGACGCCCUUCUCUUUUGGGCAGUGGAGCAGGUUUUAGAGUUUGGUCUUGGGGGUUCAUCCAUGUCCACUCACCUACGGUUAUUGGUCAUGUUCGUCAUUUCUGCUGGAGCACCAGUCGUGUCGUACUUCAUUCCCAGCACCGUCGGAGUGGUUCUCUUCAUGACUGGACUCGGGUUCUUACUGAGUCUUAACCCAAGUGACGUGAGCAUGGUCUUCCGAUACGGUGUGACCAGGCACAGGGUAGGAAGCAGUGAUGAAGCUAUCCCAGGCAAUUCAGGACAUUGGUUCCCGUGGAAGGAGUGCCUUCUGUUCAUCGCUGUGCUGGGCAUGGCUCUCUUGGAGGCUGGGCUGCUGCAUCACUAUGUCAGCAUCCCACAGGUCUCUAGAAGCGGCGCUCAGUCUGUCGUGGGCUAUGUUCUGAUGGCAUUACUGUCAAUAGUGUGGAUACUGAGAGAAACUCAAAGCGUCUACAUCUUUGGGAUUUUCCGAAACCCUUUCUAUCCGAAGGAUAUACAAGCUGUGUCUGUAUUCUUUGACAAGCAAAACAAGCUCCUGAAGAUUGGUGCUGUCAGAUGGAUUUUGCUAACUCUAGUGUCCCCUUUGGCGAUGGUGGCCUUCCUUGCGCUGGACAGCUCCUUACACCGGCUCCACUCAGUGUCUGUCUCCAUUGGAUUCACCAGGGCUUUCAGAAUGGUGUGGCAGAAUACAGAAAAUGCUUUACUGGAGACUGUGGUUGUAUCAGCAGUGCACAUGGUAUCCAGCACAGACUGCUGGUGGAACAGGAGCCUUGAUACAGGAAUCAGGCUGUUAUUGAUCGGUUUUAUGCGAGACCGUUUGAUUCAGUUCAUCACUAAGUUGCAGUUUGCUGCGACUGUACUUUUGGCAUUGUGGACAGAAAAAAAACAGCAUAGAAAAACAACGACGAUUUUGUGUGUACUCAACACUGUAUUUGCUCCCUUCGUGCUGGGUAUUAUAGUUCUUUCAACACUACUGUCAUCUCCUCUACUACCCCUCUUCACACUUCCUGUUUUCUUAGUGGGGUUUCCUCGUCCAGUUCAGAGCUGGCCAGGAGCAGUGGGCACUGCAGCCUGUGUGUGCACCGACAGUGUGUUCUACCACCAGAUGGUCCCCAGGCUGACUGAGGCACUGCAGAACGCCAUGGCGGCGGGAAGUUUAGGUCUCCUCCUACCUGGCUCUCAUUACUUGGGCCGUUUUGAGGAUCGUUUAAUAUGGAUAAUGAUUCUAGAGUGUGGCUAUACUUAUUGCUGCAUUAAUGUUAAGGGGUUAGAACUGCAGGAAACAUCCUGCCACACUGCUGAAGCCCAGAGAGUUGAUGAAGUGUUUGAAAGUGCUUUUCAGCGAGAACACCCACAAGUGUGCUCCCUCAAUGAGCACCUGGAGAAUGUCUUGACGCCAUGUACAGUUUUGCCUGUGAAACUGUAUUCUGAUGCCAGGAAUGUGCUGACUGGCAUAAUUGAUUCUCCUGACAACCUGAAGGAAUUUAAAGAUGACCUUAUUAAGGUACUUGUGUGGGUGCUUAUUCAGCACUGCUCUAAAAGGCCCAGCAUGCAGGAGAAUAAAACUGAAAAUAUGGGAGAAGCCUCACCAGUACUGCCACCAGCUGCGAACAGCUCACCACGCCCCGAGUCCCUGGAGGACUCUGAAAGUGCAAAUUCAGACUGGUCUGAUGGUAGUAUUUUUGAUGAUGAACCAGCUAUCAAAAACAGAAAAGAAAAACUUCAGUCCAAAGAUCUAACUUGUACAAAGUUACCUAUUCCAGGGUCCGUAGAUUCUCAGAAUCCAGAUGACCAUUCUGCAGGCACAGGUCCCAAAAAUGAUCUUUACAGGACGGUUAUGUUGGGACUCCCUGCUGUUGACAAGGGACAGCGAGAAGAUGUGGCAUAUAUUCCUCUCGUGGAGUUUAGUUGUUCCCAGUCUCGCUUGCUAAGUUUACCUGAGGAAUGGAGGUCUAACUCCACACCCCGUUCCAAGAUCCUAGAGAUGAGUGCCUUGUUUCCAGAAGACUGGUACCAAUUUGUUUUAAGGCAAUUAGAAUGCUUUCACUCGGAAGAGAAGUCACGUGUUCUAGAGGAAAUUGCAAAGGAUAAAGCUUUAAAAGACUUGUAUGUCCAUACAGUGAUGGCUUGUUAUAUUGGUUUAUUUGGAAUAGACAAUGGAGUGCCUAGCCCUGGUCAGCUAGUAAGAGUCUACAAUGGUGGCUUACCCUGGGCUGGCACCUUGGAUUGGCUCUCAGAAAAACCAGAGCUGUUCCACCUAGUUCGGAAAGCAUUCAGGUAUACACUGAAACUAAUGGUUGAUAAAGCAAGUUUGGGUCCAAUAGAAGACUUUAAAGAACUGACCAACUGCCUCAGAGAGUACGAGAGGGACUGGUACAUUGGCUUAGUGUCUGAAGAGCAGUGGAAGAGAGCAAUUCUAGAAGAAAAGCCGUGCUUGUUCUGCCUGGGGUAUGAGUCUAGUAUGGGCGUUUACACCUCGAGGGUGCUGAUGCUUCAGGAGAUGUCGGUGCACAUCGGGAAGCUGAACGCUGAGGCUGUUCGAGGUCAGUGGGCCAACCUCUCGUGGGAACUGCUUUAUGCCACCAACGAUGAUGAGGAGCGGUACAGCAUCCAGGCUCACCCACUGCUGCUGAGGAACCUCACUGUACAAGCCGCUGACCCUCCCUUGGGAUACCCAAUUUUCUCUUCAAAACCUCUCCCUAUACGUCUGUGUUAGUUCAUUUUGACAUCCAAAUGCAGGCACAGCAGAGGAGGAUCUAACUGAAAAGUAAGAGUGUGAGUGUUGUAAUUUCACUAGACUUUCUCAUUGCCCCAAGAAUGCCUGAGAGAAAACCAAAGGGUCUGCAAAGCUGUUUCUCAGCCAUUCAAAUGACUCAGACAACAGGUCCUCUGUGUCUAACGUGGGUAAAAGUAGUUGGCCAAUAUUUGUGCUAUAUGAGUUCUGAUUGGUUUUGGUAGCUAGAGAUAUUUGUACACGAUUAGAUUUUUUUUUUACUGCUUUGUUAAAUGUCUGAAAAGUGGUUUGUCUUUUAAAAAGUCAACAGGUAUGUAAUUACAUAGUUAAAAGACGUUCAUAUCAGUGUUUUAAAUAAUAAUGAAUCUUUUUAAUGUUAACAUGUACAUAUAUUUAUUUGAAAUGUAAUUAAUUUUUAGUAUUUUCGAAUGUACUGUUUUAGCAUUUAACAUGAUGUGAGCAGUUCCAUUCAGUGUAUCCAUGUUUCAUAUACUUGGCUUGGAAACCGUAAACACUUGAAAUAAAAUCUCACCAGCUAAAUUUUGUUCUUUGUGUUUAGAGAGGGAUAUCCAUGUGUAUAGGUGCCUACCCAGGCUUGUGGAGGCCAGAGGUCAACCUCAGGCAGUAUCUCUCUCAGGGACUUGGACUUGCUGAGUUGGCUAGACUGGCCAACCAGUGAGACCCAUGCUGUGUCCACCUCUGCAGCCAGUGAGACCCAUGCUGUGUCCACCUCCGCAGCAGUGGAAUAAGAAGCACAUACCUCCAUGCCUGGCUUUCUGCAUGAGGGCUGGAGAACAACUUGAGGUCACCAUGCCUAGAUGGCAAGCACUUUACCAACUGAGAGACCAUCCCAGCCAAAUUUCUCUCCCACAAAUUUCUGUUAUAUGUAAAUGAAACAGGGCUCUUCAUUCACCAUGAGUGUUCUCAGAACCAGAAGACAUCCCAUAGUUCUGACUCCACACACAAUACUGAAUUACCCAGUGGGACCACCA